CCCACUAUGGAAUAAGCGGUAGAAAAUGACUGACUGAUAUUAUAUUAUAUAGAAUACUUCAUAUAUUCAUUCUGUAUUUGUAUUGUAAGUGUAAAGGGUCUGACCCUCGUUGGUUAUUACACUGAUUGGUCGUUUUCCACAAGGUGUCACUAAGUCAACUCUUACGAUACAGCUUGCAACAUUUAAGAAGAAGAAGAAGAGAAAGAAGGAAAGAAAGGAGCAGAAGUAGUAGAAUAGUCAUGGUGAUGAUAUAAGUUGGCCCGGUUUCUCUCCAAGGUGCCAACACGUGUUUUCUGCACUAUAACCACAGAGAGGGGCAGAAUAUUCGGCUUGUUCUUGGUGGUUUUACUGGUUCACAAUGAACUUCGGUGAUGCCAGGAUGAAGCUGCGAGAGCUGCUGAGCACGGUGAAACCCCCAGAGCUUCCUAAAUUACUGGAUUGGAUGAGAAACUCAGACGAGCUGGAUCAACUGCUGGUUGACAACAACAAGGUGUUCCUGCAGAGUAUUGCAGAAGACUUGAGAGCCAGACUGCCCAUUGAUGCCAUGCUACCAUCUGAGACUGCUGCACAACAUAAGAUGCAGUUGCGGGAAAAGCCCACAGUUCAUGUGGACGGCUUCCUGUACAGUGACGAGCAGGUGGAUUCUCUGUGUGAGGAGGGGGCCAUGAGCAGGAACUACUGUCUCACCUGUGGAUCCUUCAGGACUGCACCCCUCGAUUUCAUCUCACACUCGUUCUCAGUUUCAGAACUUCAGUUCCUGUUCCAGAACGUUCUGCCGGACCUCAGUGGUCGGACUGUGGUGGAUGUUGGUUCCAGACUAGGAGCAGUGCUUUAUGGGGGUUAUGUGUAUAGUUCAGCCUCACAACUCAUUGGACUGGAGCUCAGCGAGGACUUUGUCAGGCUGCAGAACGACAUUCUCCACAAAUACAGACUGGCUGACAGAAUUCAGGUUUUCCAUGCAAAUGUCUGCACUCAACAGGUUCUGCUCCAGGACACUGAUGUUCUGAUCAUGAACAAUGUCUUUGAGUACUUCAUAGAACCCAGCGAACAAAUUGGGGCAUGGAAGUUUAUCAUGCAGACCUUCAGAAAAAGAGGAUCUCUCCUGGUUACUGUUCCCAGUUUGCAAGAGAGUCUGGAUGCUCUGCAGGUACCACUACCACCAGGCUGGGUAGAGGAGCUUUCUGUAGACUACAAUGUCUACCUGGGCAGAGAUACAGACCCUGAGUACCUCAGACAGAUUCAUCUGUACAGGGUCUUCUGAUGCCGGCAGAUCCACCAAGAUGACAGCGGACAGAAACCACCCUACAGAGUCAUGUGACUGCGAACAGAGCUUCUUGGAAUGGAACAUAUCACUAUAAACAUCCACCUGAACAGUCGUGUGACUGGAGACGAAUUCACCCAUGGUAGAUCAGGUGACUUCAAAAUGGAACACCUGCUGUAGGUCAUCCAACCACAGUCCAGAACCAGAUGGUUCCAGAUCUCACUGGAAGUGGUUUAAAAGGUGUAAAAUUAUACUGAUCUGCACCUGCAUGUUGACGGUGUUUAUUUGUUCUCAGAAUUCAGAAUUUCCCAGUUCCAAAAUCAACUGAAGUCAGAAAGUCAACUUUACAAGUUAGAGGUUCCCAACAAGCUCCAACCUUAAAAUUCAGCAUGGCUAAUUUAUUAAUCAAACACAGAAAAUGUUACAGUGAAGAUCUCACUACUUUUGCAUAAAUUUUGAUUUCUGUUUUUAUUCCCUUUUUUCUACAUGGAACCAAACUGGUAUAAAAUAUGCAAAACCAGAGGCAUAGAACAGAUUAUUGCAAGAUGGUGUUAUUAAUAAAUUAAACUCUUAAUCAUG